AGCAUAAGGCGUAUGUUAGCAGCAACCCUCUUGUAAUCCCUAAUUUUUCCACACUCGCCAUUUUCACAUUUCUUGUGCUUUCCAUCUUUGAUUCUCUUCAAAAUAACAAAUUCUGUUCAAUUCUUUUGUUAUUGAUAUUAGAAGCUUCAAAUUUUGUGCCUGGCAUCAGAGAAAGUUUCAGAUUUUGAGUUCAGUUAAGAGUAUCCAUUAUGAAUUUUCCUUUGAGUUUUUUAUUAUGUGGAAACAGAGGGAAAUAAUAAAUUUAAGCUCAAAGUUUGGUUCUUCUGGAAAAAAGAGAAAAUUUAAGCAAAAGAUCUUGGGUUUUUGCUGUAUCUGGAUAUGGUUUCAUUCAAUGAGAUUAUGGAACUAGAUAUGGCAACAGAAGGUUCUUGGGUUUAUCGAGUUGUAAAUCACCAACUGACUUAAUGAAGAAAAGAGCGGGUGAAUUAGGUGUGGAAAUUGAGGUAUUUUGGUUGAGAAGAACUAAAACUGUUUUCUUGUAGUUGGAUUUUACAAUAGAUGAUAAAUUGGCCAUAAAAAGUUAACCAGAGUGGAUACUUGGUGUGAAUUUUGCAUUUGCUUGUUGUUGAGGUUGAACUUUGCUUAAAAAUGGAUGAUACUGAGGAUGAUGCUAGAUACCCACCAAACCCAUAUGGUGUAAAUCAUCAGCAGGGUUAUGGUUCUUCAAACCGACAAAAACUUCCUGUGAGGAAUGCCCCAUAUUCUAGGGCUGUUGGUAAUCAAUAUGUUGAUGAUGAGGAAGACGAGAAUGAAGAAGAAGAAGAUGAGGAGGAGUUGGGAGAGGAGGAUGGAGAAAAUAAUCAAAGUAAUGGUAUCCACUAUGUGGGAAAAGAUGAUGAUGAUGAUGACGAUGACGAUGACGAUGAUGAAGAUGAUGAGGAUGCUGAUGCUGAUGAAGAGGAGGAUGAGGAAGAUGGCCAAAAGAAUUAUGGUAGGAGGACUGACAAUGCUGAUUUGGAAAGGCACCCUAAAAAGCGCAAGCUGAAGAGCUUGGUUUCAAGCUAUGAGUUUGCUCCUCGUGUGCCGGCACCCCCUGCUGUGGCUCCAUCAACGUCAAAACCAUCCUUCGCUGGGCGUAAUCCACUUACUGAUUGGACUGAGCAUGAAACGUUUGUUUUGUUAGAUGCUUGGGGUGAUAAAUUUUUGCAACGUGGGAGGAAGAGUCUUCGAUCUGAGGAAUGGCAAGAAGUUGCAGAAAAGGUGUCGGAGGAAUCAAAGAUUGAGAGGACUGACACACAAUGCAGGAAUCGUUUGGAUACAUUGAAAAAGAAGUACAAGAAGGAGAAGAUUAAUCUAUCAGAGACGGGUAUCACUAGCAAAUGGGUGUAUUUUAAGAAGAUGGAUCUGCUGAUGUCCACACCUGCACAGCAAGGCGGACUCUCAUGCGGGGUGGACUCAGGAGAGUAUGUUUUCAUGAAUCCUAGAGUAUAUCUCAGUCGUGCAAAUGGACUGGAUGAGAUGAGGGAUAGUCCGGAGAAUACAGAAUCUGCCGAUGAAGAGGAGGAUUCAGAAGGACUUCCACCCAAAAAGAGAAAAUCUAGGAGGGACCGCAAUGAGGGGUCUUCAUUUAGAGUGCUUGCAGAUUCUAUUCAAAAAUUUAGUGAAAUAUAUGAGAAGAUUGAGAAUAAUAAAAGGCAGCAGAUGUUGGAACUAGAGAAGAUGAGAAUGGAUUUCCAUAGGGAUCUAGAAAUGCAGAAAAGGCAGAUCAUGGAGAGGACACAGGCUGAGAUAGUUAAAAUUCGACAGGGUGAUGACGAGGAGAAUGACAUCUCUGCUGAUAAUGCCAGUGGAUAAUGCUUCUAGACUCUUUUUUUUUUUCCUUUUUAAAAAAAAAAAAAUUAAAUCUGUAACAUUAGUUAAUACAUUUGAUGGUAGUUGUUGUUGUAUAAUGUUGGGGCCUUCUUUUACACUUGUAAGGCAAUUAAUUUGCUGGCAAUAUUGUAUUAGUUAUACUAGAAGAAAUAACAGAAUGCAUGAGGAUUUAUUCA